AUGGCUACACACUCUUCAGAAAAGACCGCCCUGGCAGGCAACGUGAAGGAGGCGUUAUCAUCUAUUCGAAGUCAUCCAUCUCUUCUCAAAUUCACAUCGUUUCGCCUCAUGCUAUCAAUGAUGCACUGGAAACCCAUUGUCUCAAGUGCAUUAUUGACAGUCUACACCCUAUAUUCUGGAAUCCCACCAACCAAGAUCAUUAGCCCAUUCAUCAAAUAUCUACUUCGCAAAAAAAAUAAAUUCAUGAGAUCAGGAUCCAUCCUCAAAGCCACCAAAUAUAUCAACAAACUCAUCCUCAACUUCAACUCAAAAACUUUCUCUAACAGUAAGCGUGGAAGCAAAGCCAUGCGGGACCAACAAAUUGAUGCCAACACACUCAACACCCACUUUGCUUCCAUGUCAACCGACCCGUCCUACAAAACUCUACCAACAAAAGCUACAACUAUCAAUAGUCGUCAUCAACAUCAACAUACUCCAUACUCCGUCCUGCAUAUGCUAACGAAGGCCUGUCCAUCCGAAAAAAGUGACGAACAUAAAAAUGAGGAACAUGAAAAUGAAGAUCAGGUAACCGCGUUACGAGUCUGCAUUAAUAAAGAUGACAGACAAAAUGCGCAAUGCAGAAAUUUGGCCAUCGCAGGUAGUGGUACGCGAUUGGGUCACGAAGGAGAGAGACAAAAAAGAGAAAUUAAUUAG